UUACAGUCACUCCCACACCACCAGGUCGCCGAGGUCGGUCAUUGGGUUGGGUCCGGCGGCCUCCGUUGGCUCGCCGCGCGGCUUGGGCGAUUUCCGGUUAGUAUGAGCGAGGGAACGCGGAAGAUGCGGCGGCUGCGCGUCGCCAGCGGCGGCGGCGGGGGGAGCAGCAAGGCGAACGCGAGCGGCGCCAUCGCCGACGAGUGGAGCAGCGGGGGGCGCGGCAUUGGGGCGCGGAUCCGCGGGGUGAACGUGGGGAUACUGGACGAGCAGGUGCUGGUUCUGGUGUUCCGGGCGCUCAACUGGGACCCGCAGGCGCUGUGCUCCGUGGCGCGGGUCAGCCGGCGUCUGCGGGCGGUCGCGGAGCGCGUGCUGUGGCGGGAGCUCUGCGCCUCGCGGGCGCCGCGGAUGGUGUCCGCGCUCACCACGGGGCCGUCGGCCUCGUCGGGCUCGGGCCGCGUGGGCGGCGGGUGGCCGGCGCUGGCGAAGCUGCUCCUCUUCUGCUGCGGCGCGGCGGGCGCGGGCGUGCGGGGCCACUUCGCGCCCGUGUCGCGCUUCUCCAAGACGUCCGGGCGGAGCUUCCUGUCGCGGCGGUGCGGCGGGGACCUGCUGUACGUGUCGGACCCGUGCGAGCACGCGGCGGCCGCCGACGACGAGGACGUGGGCGCCUACCGCGGCGUGUUCCGCGGCUUCAUGCGCUCCCGCACGCGCGCCUGCCUGGUGGGCGGCCGCGCCCCGCUAGACCCCUGCGUGCGCUGCCCCUACUGCGGCGCGCGCGUCUGGAGCGUCACGGCGGCCGGCCUGGCGCCGCGCAGCGCGUGCCGCCGCCUCGGGGCGCACGAGGGACGCCUCGAGUACUUCGUCUGCGUCAGCGGCCACCUCCACGGCAGCUGCUGGCUGGCGCGCCUCUCCUCCAGCGACGGCGAGGACUCGGAGUCCGACGACGGCCGGUUCACUGCCGCCGACAGCGACGACGGGCACAUGGAGCUGUGACGCGAAGAGCUGGUCUUAGCCACAUGAAAAUGUAGUGCCGUUGAAGCAUAUUCCUUCCCGUUUGUUUUGUUGGCUUUAUAUAAUCCCGUGUCUCCUGUGGUCUGUCUUGUUGCAAACUUGCAAUCCAUUGUGCACAGCUGUUUCUUUUAACGGUUCAGAAGCGACGUGCGUGCAUUCGAAAUUCAGAGUUUCA